AUACAGUGACGGAUAAAUAAAUGGCUCAGAAGUAAUAUUUCAAACAAUUCAAGGGCAUUCUCACAAACGCUCUCUCUAUAAAUACAACAUCUUUGCAAUGCCAUGUCUCCUGACUCACAAAUCCAUUACCAGACUAAAAAGCUUUCCAUUUCAAAAAGCGGCAAAGAAGAAAGUCAUGGGGAAUUGCCUAGUUCUUGAAGAGAAAGUAGUAAAGGUUAUGAGGACGGAUGGGAAGAUCCUCGAAUACAAAGCACCCACCAAUGUCCACCAAGUUCUCUCAGAAUUCUCGGGCCAUGCAAUAUCUGAUUCAUUCCCAGACUUCCGGCAUCUUCAACCGGACACCAAACUGCUUGGAGGGAACUUAUACUACCUUGUGCCUCUUCCACUGGCGCGCCAAGAACGUAAGAAAAAGAAAGUCAGGUUUUCAAAUCCGGAGGUGGAAGAAAACGGGGGACAAGGAAGUGGGUUUGUGAGGAUUAAGCUGGUGAUCAGUAAGCAAGAACUGCAGGAGUUACUUCAAAAAGGAGGAGAAGAGUCAGUUCACGAGAUUGUUUCGAAGAUUCAGAGUAAACAGUUAAGAAUAAAAGAGAUCGACCAUGAAUCUGAUGGUGGUGAUACAAAUUGUAGAGGAUGGAAGCCUGUGUUGGAAAGUAUACCUGAAGUAAACUAGUGACAAAUAGCGUAAAGUCUAUACCCUUCUCUCUUUACUAUAAAGAAAUGUACAAAAAAAAGAAUUGAAAAAAGAAAUACACACUUGGACUCGUUAACCUUCUGUAGUUUUAAAAAAUAUAUAGACAGUGUCUCCAUCAAAAGAAUGGAACAAAACAAUACAAUUUAGCUGCUCUUCAGAUAUCACUAGUGCUCGCUAUAUAUUCUCUUUUAUCUAGUCUAACAAAUAAAGCUGAGCAAUCAAGAACCAGAAAAAACGAA